CUAUAUAAGGCAGCCGGUGGGCGGCCGACGGAGCCGAGUCGAGCGGGCGGCGAAAGCGGUGUGAUGCCCGGGAUGUGGGAGCGGCUGGCGGGCAGCGAGCGGGGCCGUCUGGAGACCUCCGACUGCGAGUCGCUGGGCAGCGCCUCCGGCUCGGAGGGAGACACCGAGUAUCCCGAGGGGGUCUCCCUGCCGGACCUGGACCUGCUGCAUGACCCCGAGGACGAGCUGCUGUGCUCCAACCUGAUGGACCUGGUCCAGGCCACGCUGGGCAGAGCCCCGCUGGGGGCCAAGCGCUGCUCCCGACUCCUCAUGCCGGCCCAGCUCCUGGCACAGGUGAGGACGGAGCUGCUGCGCCUGGCCUGCAGUGAGCCCUGCGGGCUGCGCGGGGCCCUCCUCGACCUCUGCGUGGAGCACGGCAAGGCCUGCCACGAUGUGGGGCACAUCGCCGUGGACCCCGCCGUGGUGCCCACUUUCCAGCUCACCCUGGUGCUCCGGCUGGACUCCCGCCUGUGGCCCAAGAUCCAGGGACUCUUCACUUCGGGGCCGGCUUUCACGCCACUGAAGCUAAGCACGGGCUUCAGGGUGAUCAAGAAGAAGCUGUACAGCUCCGAGCAGCUGCUGAUAGAGGAGUGCUGAUGGCUGUGCUGGAGAAGCGACUUACCCAAGUGCUUUGGAAGAGCCGGUUAGAGCGUUGGCGGCUCCCGGCAGCCGCUGUAGUUUAGGUUAGGCUGGAGUAGGGCUGUAGGUCGAAGUAGUUUGGGCAGGCGGAGGUCCCUGCCUGUGCCGGGACGUCCCUGAACGCGGAGCGGAGCGGGACCCAGGCGGAGAUCCCUUUACACUGUCAAUGAUUGUGGGAUGAUUGUGGCGACCGUGCUCCCGGAUGCAGCAGCGGGGCUGCUGGUGGGGCAGACAGUCUCCUCCUGUUGGCUGAUUAAUCAUAGUGUUGUUUUUUUUUUUUUUUGUAACAAGGAUUGUAAUCAAUGGGGUUUCUGGGGGAGGGUGCGUGUGGGAGUGAGCGAUGGCUGGGCUGUAGGUUGGGAUCAAAGGCAAAGCCCCACCGCUGGCACCCGGGUGGCUCUGUCUGGGCUCCUGGGAAGGUGGGGGGGGUGGGAGGGGGGGCUCCAAAAUCGCGUUGUGUCUUUGAUCACGAGAGCAGAGUGUGGUGGGGAGAGGGGCGUGUGAGGUGACGCAGGGACAGAGGGCAGGACCCCUCACCGUGACACACCGUGAGUGCUUCAUUGGUUACAGUUUACACUCAUACACUUGAUGUUCAAGUGCAAGACUUCCUAUGCAAUCAUGUUGGGGUGGUUUUUUUACUUUUCUAAUAAAACUUGUCUGAAUUGAUAA